AUGAGGCUCCUACCCCCUUGUCUUUCCAAACUCCCAAAUCAAACAAACUUCGGCCUUAGAUGUGGGAUUAAUCUCUACAUUUCUGCUUUCUCCUCUUGUCUUCCUUACCCGACAAACACAAAGAAAAAAGACUCAAAAGAAAUGAAGCUUUCACUCAAGCUCCAAGAUGACCAGAACUCUCUCCUGAAAGCCAAAAUACCCAUUUCCAUAUUUAGCCAUCCUUUCGUUUCUAGCCUUACCACCCCCACCCCAGCCACCACCAACAGCCGCAGCAACAAAUACUCUCAAAAUACCUCCUUUUGUCUCUCCACGAAUUUCCCUUCUGGCCCUUCUCUCAAACUCUCUUAUGCUCCCUCACCUUCCCCUUCCAACAUGAUCCCUUUCUCUCUUUCUCUAAAAUCUGGUCUUGGCCUCUUUGGCUCACCAAAAGACUCCCCUCUUAUUUUCUCUGCACAGUUUUCUCUUUCAUCCGCUAACCCUGGAACCGUAAUCCCCUCUUUCUCUCUUCAUUUCAAGCCUCAAUUUGGCAACUUUUCUUUCCACAAGGCCACGUCAUCAAACCCUAGCCUUGAACCAGAUUCUGGGUCUCACUCCAUCUCCGGAACCCAGUUCCAAUCUGCGUCACCUUCACAUUCUGAGUUUGGAACCCCAGAUACUUGGCAAGAAGUGAAAUUGGAACCUUGUAAUGGAGGUGAUGAUGGGCUUGAAACCUCUAAGAUUGGCUAUGGAAAAAGUUUAUAUUCAAAUGAUUGGUUUGGUAUGGAGAGGUCAUUGGUGAGUAAAGAUGACAAGAAAGCUGGGAUUUUUGGUGGAAUUGCUGUUAGAGCAAGAACAUUGUUUCCUGUAACAAAACGGGCGGUGGUGAAUUUACGGUGGGCUGUGAAUUUGCCUUCGGAUUUAGGGUCAAAAAUGCCUUAUUUGACAGUAAACAAGAUUGGGAUUGAGAGGGUUGAGGAGGUCAAGGAACUGAAGGAAAUGAAGAACAAGAGCAUUGGAAAUAAUGAGGAUGAUUUGGAAUUGGUGAAAGGUAUUUAUAUGUCGAUGAAAAGAGAUUUGGAAAUGUUGGAGAAUAAGAAUAGGGAAAUGAAGCAGUGUCUUGAAGAUAUGAGACUUGGGGUUUCAGCCAGGAAUGUUCUUAGGGAAAGUGAGGGUCUUGGGAGGAGGGUUUCCACACCUUUUGUGGAGAAUUCAAACGAGUUUGACCGAUGGAGGAGCAAGAAAAGUGUUGCUGAAGACAAUGGUGGAAGAGAAGUGAAGAAGAGUGCAAACAAGAUGAGUGAUGUAGAGAGUGAAUUGCAGAAAGCUGUUAAAGCUGCAUCCAGUUAA